UGGGCACAGUGCCACCCCGGGCUUCCGUUCCUCUCUGCUCGACGCAACGCUGCCGCUCGCCAUGUCUGUGCUGCUGCUAGCCUUAGCUCUUCUGGGAGCCGUCCACGCUGACAAGAUGUUCAGCCCGCCCGCUCCUCCCGCCCCAGGAUACUCGUACGGCGCCCCCGAUCUCAGGGCCGACGCCUCCACUCUCGACCAGCAGGAACAGGAUCCCAUCGCCGCCCUGGCCGCCAACAUCCCCGGCAGAGGCGUCCCUGGCGAGGACUACCCCAUCCUGGCCUCCGUCCCCGACACCGGCUUCUCCUGCGAGGAACAGGAAUUCCCAGGCUACUACGCUGACACCGCCCCCGAGGCCGGCUGCCAAGUGUUCUACAUCUGCCAGUUCGACGGCCGCCAGGACGCCUUCCUGUGCCCCAACGGCACCCUCUUCAACCAGCAGUACUUCGUGUGCGACUGGUGGUUCAAUGUGGACUGCGCCGCGUCCGUGCAGUUCCGAAGUCUCAACGCUGACAUCGGCAAGAUCCCCGAAGACGCCGCUGCCUCCGUCCGCAACGACGUCGUGGCACCGAAUCAGCUGUAUGGCACUCCCAAUGAGCGCCAGGCACCUCCUCCAACUCCUUCUCAGUCUUAUGGAAGUCCAAACGGGUUCUAGAUUGUGGCGCGAACAAGGAACAAACACCUAUUUAUGUUUUUUAUCGUUUCUGUCUUCACAUGCCCUAUAAUAUGAUGUUAGAGCUCUGUAAAUAAAUGUUCCAUCAGCAAAGAGCAUUUUAUUCAAGUGAAUGGACUAUCAUAUUCCA